AUGGCCUCAGAGGAACAGGCUAUGGAUUCACCUCUACGGAGACAUGAUCUCAAGUGGGUCGAGCAGAUCAGUCGAAGCCUCGAGGUGGAAUUUGAAGACAAGCAAAUACCCGUCAGCAUCUUUACCAUCCCCAAAACCCUGGCUUCCACUAAAGUGGAGGCUUACGCUCCUCAACAAGUCGCCCUGGGCCCUUACCAUCACCAUCGAUCAGACCUCUACGAGAUGGAGCGGUACAAGCUCUCUUCAGCUCGAAGAACCCAAAAACAACUCACCACUGGUAAGUUACGGGACGUUGUGGCCCGCUUCAUGGAGCAUGAAAGCUGCAUCCGGGCUAACUACCACAAAUACUUGGAUUUCGAUGGAGAAACCCUAGCAUGGAUGUUGGCAAUCGAUGCCGCAUUCUUGUUAGAGUACCUACAGGGAUUCAACACAGAGAGUGCGGCAUCACUCACUAGAAUUCCUUCAAAUAUGUUGCAUUUGAUCGAUUACACUGGACGGAAAAUCGCCUGCCGUGCAAUCCUCAGAGACAUUAUCAUGUUGGAGAACCAGAUUCCUCUCUUUCUACUAAGAGAGCUUCUUGGAUUUCACCAACAUGAAAACCCUGAUGAGGUGCUGGCGAUGAUGGUGAAGGGUCUGCACAAAGUUCUAUCUCCCUUCAAAGCGAUGGAUGAUUUCGCAUCAAACGAAGAAGAAUUUCUAGCUACAGGUCAUCACCUGCUGGAGCUUCUCUAUUACAUGCUUGUGCCUGCAACAAACCAAGGAGGAUCAGUCGCGAUCUCUGUUGAGAUUGAGGACCAAGUCGAAAAACAAGAACAAGAGAAAGAAGGACGUUUCAGUAAAGCCUUCCCAUCCAUGUCGAAUGUAUUAUCAUGCGUUUUCUUGGCUCCCGCUCACUGCAUAAGAAGAAUUUUAGGGUUGAAAGGAAUCAAGGUCAUGCUGAAACUACCAUUGCAAAUCAUUGGAAUGAUCCGUGGUGGGUUUUCCACAAAAGACGCGCUUGAAAAAAUAAUAACGUCGGUGGUAGGAGUGGCGGAAGAUGUAGAUUCGUCAGCCUCUCAGACAGACACACCUCUCGUAGAAGAGCUCACCAUCCCCAACGUAACACAACUCUCAAAUGCCGGCAUCAAGUUCCAUCCUGCCAGGGGUGGCUUCACCACCAUUGAGUUCGACCUCUUGUCUACGACAUUCUAUCUACCAACCAUCGAUUUGGAUGAGAACUCGGAGGUUGUGAUGCGGAAUCUCAUCGCGUAUGAGGCGUCGGUUGGUAUGGAAGUGAUGGUACUCACACGGUACACGGAUUUGAUGAAGGGGAUCAUCGAUGGCGAGGAAGACGUGAAAUUGCUAAGGGAGGCGGGAAUCGUCUUGAAUCAUCUGAAGAGCGACGCGGAGGUCGUGAUGCUUUGGGAUAGCAUGAGCAAAGGCAUAACGGCGACGAAGGCACCGGUCCUUGACAAGGCGAUCAACCGCAUCAAUACAUACUACGGAACAAGAUGGAAUGUUAGGGCUAAGCGGCUUAUGAAGAAGUAUCUGUAUGGUUCAUGGGCACUUCUCACCUUCUUAGCAGCCAUCGUUCUGUUGCUGCUCACCGCAUUGCAAGCCUUUUGUAUUAUGCACAAUUGCAGCCGUUCGAUUUCUUCCGCAUAA